GCAGCGCACCACCUACCCGCAACAGCGAGCACGCCGCCGCACGCCGCCGCCCUCGCCCGCUCCGCUGCCGCCGCCACGCCGCCCGCCGGGGCAGCGCCUCCUGCCAAUGCGCCCAUCCCGCCCGGAUUGCGAUGGCUCGUGCGCGGCCAGUUUGACUCCAACCCGUGCCGCUCGACGUGCAUGCUCAACCCGGUGUACGAUCUGCUCCCGCGCAUGGAGUGGGUGCGUGCCUCGGGCAUCUGCCAGUCGCCCUCCGACUUUGCCUACGAUGAGGCCUCCGAUUCGCUCUGCUGCCCCUCGCCUAACUAUUGCUGCCCCAACUCGCUCGCGUCGUGCGCGCACCCCGACGCGGUGCUCUUCGACGCCAUCUCCGCCAACGUCUCGCGCGACGCCAUCGCGCAGCUCUGGCCGCUCACGCAGGGCCGGCCGCGACGAUGGCUCAUGACGCCACGCUCCAUGCGCUAUGUUGCGGGCGUGUGGCGGCAGGCCGCUGCCGACGCCGAGGGCGCUGCACGUGUGCGCACGCUCUCGCCCUUCCACGCACGCAGCCUGCGCGCACCGCCGAGGUUGCGCGAGGCCGCCGCCGUCCUCGAGCAGCAAGCCGCCGCGACGAGCGAAGGCGGCCCGUGCGCCGCCGGUGCGUCGGAUCGGACGCCCUUUUGUCGCGGGUGAGGAUCGGGCGACCUCCGAUAGACCUGAGGUGAAGAGGCCUGGACCACAAGGCGUGGAGUCAAACAGAUUUUAUCCCCGGGUCGCGGAACCGGCGGUCCGCGGUCCCCGGGAGCGGUUCCGCUUCCGGGCGCGCCGGCGCCGGCGCGCCGCGGGCGCGGCGCGCCGCCACCGGGCGCGCGGCGGCGCGGAGCGGGCCCGCCUGCUGACUAGUCUGCUUAUGUUCUCAGGUCAGUCAGUACACUGGCAUGACCCAAUUCCACGCGUCUCCCGACCCGGGCCGCUGCAUGGCCAGCGGCCACGGCGUCUGCUGACCCAGCACACGCCGGCGCAUCACUGCCGCGCUCGCCGCCGGGCCGCGCAGCUCUCCACACUCCAGCAGCCGCGCGCUGCCUAGACAGUAACACACGCGACCGCUGCUGAUGGGCCCACACACGGCGCAUUGCGGCCCGCCGUCGGUGGGGCACUCCCGUGGUCCCGAGGGCACGGUGCCUCUCAUCCCGGCAGUCGCAUGCGCGCAGCUCAUGGGUCGGCCGACCGCAGCCCCCCCGCGCGCCCAACACUGCGAGCGGGGCGCGCUUCUAAAGUCAAAACACCAACACUGCAAGUGAGUGUCAGAGUGUCGGAACUCGGUGGGAGCAUCCGUCAUCAUUCCCGUUCACACUCGCUCGAAAAAGUGAAAUUUCGUUUCACAUG